GAGGAACAAUUUGAGACUGCGAGGAGUGCCUGAAUCCGUGUUACACAUGGACUUGCAAGCCUAUAUACGAGGCCUACUUCGGGACUAUGCACCAGACAUACCAGCAGAUAUGCUCCUAAUUGAUCGGGUGCACCGCGUCCCAAAACCACGCCAUCUACCGGAUUCGACUCCACACUACUUCCAUAUAAAGGAACUUGUCUUGAGAGCCUGCUGCAACAAAAGUACACCGCACGAGGAAUACC